UCUUAAAGACGCCGAAUUUUUAUUUGUCCGAAAUUGCAAAUGAUGAUUUUGGCGCGAUGUUUAAAAUUCACUAAUCAAAAGUUGUCAAGAAAAUCGUGAUUGGUGGAUUUUAAAAAUCGCGCCAAAAUUUUUUUGUCGAUUGUUUGUUCGGCCAUUUGCAAUUUCGGACAAAUAAAAAUUCGGCGAUUUUUAAGAAUUUCACCAAAUAAAAAAUACCUAAAAAUUCUUUAAAAAAAAAAAAAAAAGAAAUUCUGACAAAUGUUAAUUCGAAAAAUAAAAAUUCGUCUAAAACACAUAAUUAUAUCUAUAAUCAAUCUUUCGUUUUGCAAACCCCAGAAACAAAAAUAUGUUUACAUUUAAAUACAAAUUCAAUGAAAGAGAAAAUAUAAAAAAAAAAAUCCAAAUAUUCCCAGUGUUUUAAUUUUAGACAUUCUUCUUUGUCUGUAUAUAAAAAAAAAAAAAAAAAAAAAAAAAUAUGACAGAUUUAUUUAAAGUCAUUCACGAAUAAGUUAAUAGACUGCCAAAUCUAUAAAUAGGCCUUUUCUCAAUCAAAGAAAAAUUAUCAAACCAGCUACCAAAUUAAAUAUAUAACUUCUAUGUUUGCCUUUGAACCCGCUUAAGACAAGAAUAAAAUUGACACUCCUCCUUCAUCACUAUAUAUACAUAUAUCUCUCUUAUCUUUUACUAGGAUUGAAACACGAAUACUGCGCAAGCUCAUCGACGUUAGUUUUACUGCCUAACAUCAGGCGCUAGUGCCGUGUCGUGUCAGUCCGGUUGCCUACCUCGGGCGAUAAUAAUACACACAUCCCCCUUAGAAAAAUUCGCUUGAUCAUUCCGAUCAUUCGCACACAUCUUCCAUCAUAUAUAUAUAUAUCUCUCUCUCUCUUUGUCUUCCUCUCUUACUUCUUCUUCUUCUUCUUCUCCUCCCUUUCUCUCAUUUUUAAAUUUUAUCUUUCUAAAAAAUCGUGUGAUUAAAUAAUAGAAGAGAGAAAAAAAAAAAAGAAAAUCCGCCUAGUUCAAUUCAAACAGUGUUCAUUUUUAAAGUGUCGAUAUGCUGCCGCCGCUUCUCAAAAGGAUAUUAUUAUUAUUAUUGAAUAACUGAAUUCGAGUGUGAUAACAAAAAAAAAAAAAGAAAAAAUUAAAAUUGUUUUCAAUUAUGUACAAUAAUAAUAAUUAUAAACAAGACUGACAUGAAUAGCGAGGAUCGUUUUGAUCAUCGCAACAGGAUUUUAGGCAGAAAUGAUCGACGUAACGUGACCAAAAUUCACCCGGUGAUCGGCUGUUUUCCAAAUCAUCAGUCGAAAAUUUUCAUCAUUGACGUUUUGAGUGAAGAUGACAAGGUGCAAGCCUGGUUGAUGCUGCGGCUCGUGUAACUCAACGUUCAAGGAUAUUAUGAUAAUAAUACAACACAAUUUUUAGAAAAGGAUUGGCUUCGACAUUGAAAGUAACAUCCGAGUGAAGCAGAGCUCAAGAAGUAUAUCUGAAGACAAGAGUAUUAAGGGAGGAUUGAUAUAGUGAUGACGGUGAUGCUGCUGCAACGCUUCGCCACCCCCCAAUUGACACAUAGCCAAAAAACAGGCAACCAUAAUAACAGUGAGCCGCCAUUUGUAUUUCUAUUGGAGAUUGACGAAAACACUAAUAACAGUACCAACAACAACAAUAAUAAUAAUAACAAUAAUAAUAACAACAACAACAAUUCUAGCUACAAUAAUAAUAUAAAUUCAGCAAAUUACGGUUGCAGUUACAUUACUGGUAAUACAACAAACAAUAACAUCAACAAAAUUAUUUCGACAAGCCGCAGUAACGUUACCAUUGGUGGCGUAUCAGCGGCAAAGUCGCUAAGCCGUCUUGGGACCCCGGGUGUCGCAAUGCGAUAUUAUCGUCUCUGGAUAUAUGCCUGUAACAUAGUAUUGCUGGGCAGUGCUGUUGGUUUUGCCGCGGCCGUUUCGCGAACACUACUCUUCUCAGGAGAUCCUAGACGCUAUUUAGUCCCAGGGGUCCCACGAGCAUUUGAUCCAACUGCUCUUUACGCCUAUUUAGCUCUAGCUGUUCAGUUGGGUCUUGUUCAACUUCUUGGCUGUAUAGCGGCUAGACGACUCAGUGCUAGACUUCUCAACGCUUACUGGAUUCUACUUUUGGCACUACUCUUUGGCGACGUUGUCAUCGGGGUAGCUUGGGUCUUUCGUUUUGAGAGAAUGCGCGCCGAACUACGUCCAACUCUCAGGCUAAGACUGCAGGGUGAUUACAACAAGGAGACACGAUUUAGUGAGCAGUGGGAUCGUCUUCAAAGGGACUUCUCCUGUUGCGGAGUGACUGAUCCACAAGAUUUUGGAUCACGUUGGCCACAUACUUGUUGUGAGCCAAGUUCAAACGUAAGCGAGGUUUGUGAGCCAACAUAUGCCAAAGGUUGUGAAGAAUAUUUAAUGGAUUGGCUGAGAAAAACUGCGGACUUACUCUUUGUUCUUGGUUUUUGUGUAAUUGCAUUUACAAAAUUAUGUUUUCUCGGAAUUCUUCGUUAUGAAAUUCGAGAGAUGAUACAAAAAAUACAUUUACUACGUGAACCACCACCUCAAACGACAACAUUCAUACAAUCCUUUUCACAAGGACCUUUGGAUACGACGAACAACGGAAAUAUCGUGCGUCGUACAACACUGCCGACGGUUACGGCACCUUCCGGUAAUGCAUCGCUGUUACUUCAAACAGACGAAAGUAUCGUUAGUAAACAUCCAUUAUUAGGUAAUAAUUUACAAGAUGGAGGUGCGGAUAGUGAUACGAACAGUCAUUGUGCUCUAAUAUUGGAGGAAACAACUCCCACCUCAACAAAUUACAAUAAUUGUAAUUCAAAAGAAAAAAGUAAUGGCAACAAUAAUUAUGAAAUGAGAGAAUUUAAUAGAAGACUAAUACUUUCAAAUGGUGGAAGUCCUGGAGUUGGAGUGACGACCGGAAAUCAAAGUAAACGAACCUGACUAUGGAAGUUCUGGCGAAACACUUCAAAUCGUUUUCUUUAUAAAAAUAAUCGACCUGCCGAGCUAUCAAUAUAUAAGUGAACAACCAUAUACAUACAGUACAUACAUACAUUUAUUUCAUUUUCAAACAAUCCAAAGAUGAGCCAAAGGCUGAGACAGGAUAUGCCUUAUAAAGAAACCAGAAUUGCAUAUGUAUCUAGAUAAAAAGAAUUAAGGCCGGACCUAUACCAAAAAUCACAGGCAUUAAAUAAUUAUAUAUAUAUAUAAUACAUACAUACAUAAAUACACAUUCCUAAUCGGCCUAUUAUUUAUUUUUCACAUUUUCUCCCCCCAUUUAUAUAUAAUUUUUGAGACACAUGAAUAAGCUCUAAAAUUAAUUUGUUAGAAUUUUCAUUUCACAGAAUUUCAUUACCUAGAAUUUAUUUCUGCCGAAUUUUUAUUUCUUCCAAUUAUUAUGCUAUAUAUAAAAUUUGAAUUUUAAAUGAUCUCCGAACAAUACACGAAAAAUAAUUUUUUAGAUUAAAAAUUGUGUCAAAAUUUUAUUGACAAUAUAAAAUAAGUGGAAUAACAUCUGAAUUGUGACACUUUGCAGGGAAUGGUAGCUUUUUUUCGAUACAUGGUGGGGAACUAGAAUAGAGAAAAGCAGGGUGAGGCAGGUGUCAAAAAUAUAAAGAUAUGGCAUAUUUCGGACGUUCUACCGAAAUUCCAGUGGAAAUUUACAUGAGCCCAUUCUAAACUAUAAAAUUUCUGUUAAAUAAGAAUUCGAAGAAAUAAAAAUUCGGCUAAAACUAAAUUCUAAGUAAUGAAAUUCUGCCAAACAAAAAUUUUACAAAAUUAAUUUUACAGCUUAUUCAUGGGUCCCAUAUUUUUUUACUAUACUACAUAUUAUAGCCAAAGAAGAACAUUGAAUGAUAUAUAUAUAGUCAAAAAAAAAGGGAAUAAAGUCGACUAACUGUACAAUAACUUAAGUUAUCAAAGAGCAACACCAAUUACUUCAGGUUUUUCUUUUUAAUUAUUAGACUGAAAAAUGCAGUCAAUUGGCCUAGUUUAAUACAGAAUACUCGUGUUUUAAAAAAGAUAAUAAAUCCGCGGAUUUUUUUUUCAUACAAUUGAAAGAGUUUAUUAUUAAAAAAAAAAGAAAAAUUACAAUUUUUAAAGUAUAUAAUAUAUAUAUAUAUAUAUAGAAGCAAAUUAAACGCGUGACCACAUCAAAUAAAAGAUUAUCCUGCCGUUAUUUUUUUCUUCUUUUUUCUGUUCUUAAAUUGAAACUAUUGCUCUGAACUAUUUCAAAGACUGUAAAACGCCACUCGAACUCAAGACGUCCAUAAAUAUGCUUUUAUUCGAUUUUUACGACCAUAGCUUUCCUACUGCAGUAUUUUACUUUAAAACAAUUGAACGUGUUUCGAUUAUUCGAAAGCAAAUCAAAAAAAAUAUUUCUUUUUUUUUAAAUCUAAAAUCGUAAAUAAGUAAAAAAAAGUGAUUUUUUUUCAAUUUUAAUACAAUAACGCACAAGCAAUGUGUUGACUAUGAUUUAUAUUAUUUAAUACAAAACAAAAAUUUCUCUCAUAUUGUUCAAUCAUUCAUUCAAUAAAUGUAUAUAUAUUUAUCUAAAAAGAAAUUUUUUUUUUAUUUUUUCUAAUUUAAUCUAUAAUUUGGAUUGUUUGAUAUUUUCAGGGUUGCCACAAUUUUCAAAUUUUCCUGACAUUUAAGGGCAUGUCAUAGUCGAAGCAAUUUUUACAUAGAGCUUCAAUGGAAAAAUCGUAUUGACUUUAACCUGCCCUUAAAUAUUUCUCUAACAAAAUUUUUUUUUUUUCAAUUUAAUGAAUCAAAAAGGAAAAUCUAAUAAUUUAAAGUUGAAAAAAACGUGUUUUCCUACUAUACUUCAGUUUUAUCACUGCGCUGAAAAAAAAUUUAUUUCAUUUAAAUAAAAUUUAGUUAUCAAAUAAACAUUUCCUUGAAGCAAAUAAUAAUUUUU